CAACACACACCCCUUCGAACCUCUCUUUCGCCGCCCUCUCUCUCAACAAAGUACGACCUCACAAACCUCCCAAUCCGCCGCCCCCUUUGCCAAUUGUCCCCGUCCACCCCAGCUACAGUUCUAAAAUGGCCGCUCUCGUCAAGGCGAUCAACGCAAAGAUCAGGUCCAACCCUGUGUCGGACUAUGUCUGCUCUACCCACUUCUGGGGCCCCGUCUCCAACUUUGGUAUUCCCUUGGCCGCCGUCAUGGACACCCAAAAGUCCCCCGACCUGAUCUCCGGCCAGAUGACCGGUGCCCUCUGCAUCUACUCGGCCACCUUCAUGCGUUACGCCCUCGCCGUCCAGCCCAAGAACUACCUCCUCUUCGCCUGCCACUUCGUCAACGAGGGCGCCCAGCUCACCCAGGGAUACCGUUACAUGCAGUACAACUACUGGGGCGGCAAGGAGGCUUCCGUCACCAAGGAGGCCUUCGAGGGCGUCCAGAAGACCGCCGAAGCCGUCGAGGCCAAGGUCGAGUCCAAGGUCAAGCAGGCUGUCGGCAAAUAAGUGCAUCUUCCAGCGCAAAGGGGAAGGGAGGAAGGGCUUGACGAGGCUUGACGACUGCGGAGAGAUGGAUAAGGCGGGAUAUAUUCUGGCCCCGGUGCGGGAUGGCGCGGGAUGGGACGGUCCUCUUGCCGCCGGCACGAUUAUUUCAAAAGGUUCCUGGCGGGCUGCGAGGGCCCCGAGAAUUUGUGAUGAGUCCAUGGGGUGUGUAAUGAGGACGUGGCAGGAUGAUCUCCCCCAUCCCGUCGAUGUCACUGUAGAGCAUGGCGCGCAAACUGUGGCAUCGUCGCCCAGCCGCGCGGCGGAACGGUAGCCGGGCGGUUUCUGUACCAUCAAACCUUGCAUUGUUGUUUUCUGUUGCUUUUUCGGAAACGGGGGCCCUGAUUCCCCUGGAAAAGGGGAGGGAGACGUCCCCUCCCAGAGAAGCACCUCCCUAUGAUCACGGCCCGCCCAAAAAGUCGUAUAAUAGAACAGCGAACUGUUUCUGGAACCCUGGCAAGUGUGACAGCUCUGUAUCGUGAGGACAAAA